CUCUUUACUUGAAAUCACAGUAUUGAAACAACUUCAUAAAAUGAAUUUCAAAACAGUUUUCGUAGUUUUCCUCUUCAUGAAACUUCACGGUUGUAAUAUUGUGUUACCAAUGAUUAAUGAUUUAAUCGAACAUUUUAACAAAACGCAAAUUAUUUUGGCCUAUCUGUGUGACAAAAACGACGCCUUUCAGGUAGUGAGCCACUUUUCGAAAAAAUUGUACCAAGUCAAUGUUUUAUCCCCAAAUUCUCGUGACAUGCCCUAUCCAACACCACCAGCUUUUCUCACUUAUGUUUUGGAUGCUGGUUGUUCGAAUACAAAACAAUUACUACUUUUGGCCAGUGAACAAAAACAAUUCGCUACGCCUUUCAAAUGGAUCGUUUAUUACAACAAUCCAGUCGAAUUAUCGUUUUUUAUCGACGAAUAUUUCACCAAAACGAACAUUUUGGUCGAUAGUGAUGUCACCCUCGCUACAAUAAACCCCACAAGCGGCACAUUUGACUUGAACAAAAUCUACAAAAGGAAAAUUAACGGUUCCAUAAUAAUUGAAAAUAUCGGAAUUUGGGGACGCGGCCUCGGUGUGACUGACACCGGCUACGAAAAAAUCACGUACAAACGCCGGCGAAAUUUGACGAAAACGGUCCUGAAGUCAUGCAUUGUGAUCACAAAUAACGACUCUUUGAACCACUUGACUGACAAAAGGGACAUUCACAUCGACAGCAUCGCUAAAGUUAAUUACGUCCUAGUCCAACAUCUGUCCGAUACGAUAAACGCGUCUUUGGAAUAUUCGGUGAGGGGCACUUGGGGCUAUAAAGACAACAAGUCCCAAUGGAGCGGAAUGAUUGGCGAGUUGACAAGAAACGAGGCAGAUAUCGGGGGCACAGCCCUAUUUCUUACAAGCGAUCGGAUCAGAGUCAUAGAUUACAUCGCAAUGACCACCCCGACACGGUCUAAAUUUAUUUUCCGACAACCGAAGUUGUCAUACGUUGCCAAUGUUUUUACUCUACCGUUUGACGCCUCCGUGUGGGCUUCUGUGUGCGGCCUGCUUGUCAUUAUUGCCGGUCUGUUGUAUGUUGUAGUGAGAUGGGAGUGGAAAAAGAAGGAUUAUGUCCAAGUUGUGAACGAAUCGAACAUCACGGAAAUUCACAAUUCUUGGCUCGACGUUGUUUUUAUCACAUUUGGGGCUUUGUGUCAACAAGGCUCUUCGUCGGUACCUUUCAGUAUUCCCGGUCGGAUCACUUUAAUUUUCCUCCUGGUGUCUCUCAUGUUCUUGUACACAUCUUACUCUGCAAACAUUGUAGCGCUGCUGCAAUCGUCUUCAAGCAGUAUUCAAACACUUCAAGACAUCCUCAAUUCGAGAUUAGACGUGGGUGUUGAUAACACGGUCUUCAAUCAUUUCUAUUUCCCCAACGCAACUGAGCCAAUCCGCCGAGCCAUCUACCAACAAAAGGUCGCUCCACCUGGCCAGAAGCCCAAAUUUUACCCCAUCGAGGAAGGCAUUCGCAAAAUGAGGCAAGGUCUGUUCGCGUUUCACGUCGAGACAGGCCCGGGGUACAAAUUCGUUAGCGAGAUUUUCCGAGAGGAUGAAAAAUGUGGCUUGCAAGAAAUCCAGUAUUUGCAAGUGCCUGACCCUUGGUUGGCGAUUCAGAAAAACUCCUCGUAUAAAAAAAUGUUGAAAGUGGGACUUCGUUUGCUUCAAGAAAAUGGCAUUCAGGAGCGGGAAGUUGGGCUAAUUUAUACGAAAAAACCGCAGUGUUUGGCAAGAGGGAGCAGUUUUAUCAGUGUGGGGUUGGUUGAUUGUUACCCGGCUGCUGUUGUCUUAGCGGGCGGGAUUGGGGCGGCUUUGGCGGUGCUCAUCCUCGAGAUAUAUGUUCAUCAAAGGAUUCAGUAUUAUACCAGAAGAAGACGGCGAUAAAAAAUGGCGGAGGUGCCGGGAUACGAGCAAAUUUAUAAAAUAUCGCAUAAAAUUGUUAUUUCUAGAGUUCUUCUAUCACUUUUUUGCACAGAUUCGCUUCGAUGUGAAAUAAAUAAAGUUAUU